GUAGUACGAUUCUAAGUUCAGGGUCAGCAAUCACUCUGAGACUCGCAUGUUUCCUUUAACCUUGCCAUUGGCAAGCCACUUUGGCUGAAAACUGUUCAUGAUGUUGUCUACCUCUUUAGCACAGAUAUUUCUGCUAAUCCUAGUCAUCCCAGCGCUUGGUUCGACCGUACCAGCGUCUAUCGUGCCGAACAGCCCUGGAUCCCUCAACCUCCCUCUCAACCUCCCUCUAUCCAUAGCCCCCAUUCUGUCCACCACUCAGCCUAUCCGCGAUCCUAAUCAUUUUGCUGCAUUGCAACAUCAUGCCUGGUGGCUCAGAAAGCCAAUAUAUCAGACUUGAAGUCAUCAGCGGAAAGAAUCUUCGAGUCCCCUCCUGGCGCAUUCCCGCUGGCAUCUACAUCUCCGUUAAUUUC